AUGGGCAACUUCACCGAGCCCUGGGAGUGGGAGUGGGACUCUGAAUACUACAGGAAAUGGUUGGUGGACAAUGUGCUCAACGGCUUGGCGACGGCCUUAGGGCUGCUGGCCAACGGUUUCCUGCUGGGGUUGCUCAGCAGGGCGCCGCCCCUGCGCACCGUGUCCAACAUGUUCCUGCUGCAGCGGGCAGUGGCCGACGUGCUGGUCUUGAUGGUGGUUCCGUUCAUCAUUUACGCCAAUAUCUGGAUCCACCAUGAUGGCGAAGAGUUCUCCCCGCCCUUGUGCACGGCUCUCAGCAUCGUCAUGCACGGGGCCAUAAUGGCCAGUCACAUGUUCCUCAUGCUGUUCACCGUGGACAGUUACCUGGCGUCGCGCCCACAGAGGCACACACUCGCCCGGCGACGCAAACUGCUGCGGGUGACGUCCGCGGCGGCCUGGCUCCUGGCGGCAGUCUACGGGGUUGCCGCCUUCUUCAUCUACAAACGUUACAUGCACGGUCAUUGUUUCUUCCAUAAAGCCCUUCAAGUGCAUGACUUAGUGUUCCGCCUGGGCGUGCCGUUGCUGGUGGUGUGGGUGUUCGUUGUCUUGGCGCGCUGCCGAUGCACCGCAGAGGCCGCGUCCCAGGCCAAGCCGGAGGGGGGCGAGGGGGCUCCCAGCCGGCUACUGCAGCUGGGCCUCGCCGCCUCCUUCACCGUGAUUCGCGCCCUCUUCUGGCUCGGCGUUUUUCGAACCUACGAAUUCAUCUUUGUAGCUUCAAUGAUCCACGUCAUUGCGUUCACGGUUCCCUACCUCGAAAAAGUUGUCAACCCCAUCCUGGUCAUAUGUCUGUCGGAGGGACUUCGACAGUCGGUGGCUGGGAGGCUGCCGGUCCGCCGCUCCGCCUCACUGCCGCUGCAGGAGCUGUGA